GCGGCAGAGCUCUCUCAAGGGCGUCCAGACCCGGAACCGCUCCAGUACCUCUGGGAAAUCCACCUCCCUUGCCCAGCGCUCCCUGGCUGCACCUUUCUCCUGAGCCCAAACCGGCCUAACCAGCUCUCCCGAGCCACCCCCCAAAGCCACGCCGGGGAAGGCAGCUCGCAGGCAGGGAGCUCAGAGCCAGCGUGAGGCGGAGGGAGAGAUUUGAUGAUGCCGCGCCGUUGACUUGGCGAGCCGGACGGCGGAGUGGCGGCAGUCCUGCCGAGCAGUGCCCCCCAGCUGGACGGGGGAGGGGACCCCGCCAGGGGUCUGCAAGCCUCACCCAGGUCCUGGCCCCCUGUCCGUCCCUCCCCCCCCACCCCCGGUAGAGUCAGCAGCAACGGUAGCAGCGAGGGAAGAUGACCGAGAGCUCGCUGUACACGCAGCGCCUGGAGGCCAUCGUGGGGCGGCGCAAGGUGCAGGAGCGGAUCCUCCGGACGCGCCGGGAGCUGGAGGAGGAGAAACUCCGAGCCCAGCAGCUCAAGAGGAAGUCCCUGCGAGACCGGUGGCUGAUGGAGGGGUCGUGCCUGCCCCCCGAGAACGACCCCACCUCCCCGCUCUGGCAGGCACAGUCCCGCAUCCAGGAGCUAGAGCAGGAUCUGUCCAGCCUCCAGUCCCAGAUGCAGCAGCUGAAUAACCCAGAGCAUCACGGCAGGCCGCAGGAGGCCUUGGAAGAUGCUAAGCAGCCAGCAGGGAGCACCUGUGAGGCCCGUGGGGCUGGUUCUGCUUCGGCAGGUGGGGGGGGAUGUGGCUGUGAGACCGAACCUGCCCUCCGCCUGGCUCCAGUCCCCCCCAAGAGGGCCAUGCGAGCGGCAGCCCGGGAGAGCCUGGAGAAUGGGGACGUGUCGGGAGCAGGUCCCUUUGACGUGGAGGGGAUCGGCCCUGGGGAAGGCAAGACUGAAGCCAGCUCUGCUUCUCUGGGAACUCAGGAUGACGGGGCAGGAGCCUCUGCCAAGCAGCCGGAGAAGCUGGGCGUGGGGAAGGUGGAGAUGAUCAUUAGAAACCACCUGGGCCAGGAAGUGGGCAGCAUGGACGCCAUCGGGCGGACGUCCCCGGAGACGGAGGGGGAAGCUCCCCGGGGAGAGAAUGGGUUGGAGGAGGCUUGGGACGGAAGGACGGAGCAGGAGCCGCAGAGCCCGCCCGCCCUUGCGAGCGACGCCCGGGACGGCGGGAUGGAGGAGAGCUUGGCAAGGCAAGGGAGCAGAGAGGGGCCGGAGGGGGAAUCCGGGGUGCAGGAGGGGGAGACGCAGGUCCUGAAGGAUGAGAACUGCUGCCUCGAUUCCCCAAGGCCCGAGCCGGACGGGGAGCUGGAGGAGCCGAUAGGGGUCGUGGAAGAGGGGGAGAUCUCGGCCGAGCCUGCCAGAGGAGCCACGGGAAUGGAGGAGGCAGAGGCUGUCCAGAGGGCUCAGGGCAGGGCAGCAGAACCAGAGAGGCCAGAGGAGCUGGGACCCACCCAGGGGACAGGCUCUAUGUGGCAGGAGCCUGCUAGGGAACAGGAGCGUCAGGUGUCCCCUGGGGCAGAGCAUCCCCAGGCUGCAGGGGUGGGAGAAGGAACAGAGACGAAGGCCUCUUUGCAGGACCAGAUCCCAGCUCUGCAGGACCAGAUCCCUUCCUCUCUUCAGGAGGCUAAAACCUCUCUGCAAGACCAGAUCCCAGCUCUUCAGGGACAGACCCCCUCCCACCAAGAAGCUAAAGCAGCUCUCCAGGACCAGAUCCCAUCAGCUGUCCAGGACCAGACCCCUUCCUCUCUGCAGGAGGCUGAAGUAUCUAUGCAAAACCAGAUCCCAACUGUGCAGGGCCAGUUCCCAUUGUCUCUGCUGGAAGUUAAAACAUCCCUUCAGGGCCAGAUCCCCUCACCACAAGAGGCUAAGGCAGCUCUCCAGGACCAGAUCCCUUCCUCUCUGCAGGAAGCGAAUGCAUCUCUCCAGGACCAGAUCCCAUCAGCUCUCCAAAGCCAGAUCCCAUCACCCCAAGAAGCUAAAGCCGCUCUGCAGGACCAGAUCCCUUCCUCUCUGCAGGACCAGAUCCAAUUUAUGCAGGACCAGAUCCUUUCCUCUCUGCAGGAGGCUGAAGUAUCUAUGCAAAACCAGAUCCCAACUGUGCAGGGCCAGUUCCCAUUGUCUCUGCUGGAAGUUAAAACAUCCCUUCAGGGCCAGAUCCCCUCACCACAAGAGGCUAAGGCAGCUCUCCAGGACCAGAUCCCUUCCUCUCUGCAAGAAGCGAAUGCAUCUCUCCAGGACCAGAUCCCUUCCUCUCUGCAGGAAGCGAAUGCAUCUCUCCAGGACCAGAUCCCUUCCUCUCUGCAGGAAGCGAAUGCAUCUCUCCAGGACCAGAUCCCUUCCUCUCCGCAGGAAGCGAAUGCAUCUCUCCAGGACCAGAUCCCUUCCUCUCCGCAGGAAGCGAAUGCAUCUCUCCAGGACCAGAUCCCUUCCUCUCCGCAGGAAGCGAAUGCAUCUCUCCAGGACCAGAUCCCUUCCUCUCCGCAGGAAGCGAAUGCAUCUCUCCAGGACCAGAUCCCUUCCUCUCACGCAUCUCUCCAGGACCAGAUCCCUUCCUCUCUGCAGGACGCGAAUGCAUCUCUCCAGGACCAGAUCCCUUCCUCUCUGCAGGACGCUAACGCAUCUCUCCAGGACCAGAUCCCUUCCUCUCUGCAGGACGCUAACACAUCUUUCCAGGACCAGAUCCCUUCACCCCAAGAAGCUAAAGCAGCUUUCCAGAACCAGAUCCCUUCACCCCAGGAGGCUAAACAUUCAUUCCACAGCCAGAUCCCCUCCAGCCAAGAGCCAAUCCCUGCACUUCACGGGGAGGUACCGCUUACCCCAGGGGAGUUGCCACCUGGCAGAGCACCCGCCCUGGAGCAGGUGCCUGCCCGACCCGGGGAAAGCGUGGCCCUGAAAGGAGGCAACGAUGCUGGCCCGGUUUCAUCGACUGCAGAAGAAACCACUGAAAACCUGGGGAAGCUCCACCCGGAGCAGCAGCCUCUGCUCAAGGAAGCCUCCAGGCUCUGGACAGGCCGGAAGGCGCCACUAGAUCCCAUGGCCAGAAGCCCGCAGCUGGGAGCUGGCACCUUGAAGUCGCUGGCAGCCGUGAGCCCAGAGGCCCCGACGUACACGACCGCCUCAGCCAACCCCGGCUCUCUGUGCGAGGGCAGGAGCGCCGCCCCCCCCCAGCUGGCAGAGGGGCAGGAGGCGGGCAGACGCAAGCAGAAGACCUGCCAGUGUUGCUCUGUCAUGUGA